UUUUGUCCUUUCUAAAUACGAUACAUUAUUGAAUAAAUCUGACCUCAAAUCGAUACAAUCUCAAUUGGUUCAGCAACUUUUGUCACGAUUGACAUCUGUUAAUGGACCUCCAAUACGAUAUUUUACUUGCCCGUGCUUCAGUGGGAAAGCAGCUAUUUUCAAGUACACUAAGGAGUUGAAAGGCACUAUAGUUUGGAAACCGAGAUUAUUGGCAAUAGAGUCGUUACCGAUACACAUAAGAAACGUAACGAUUCGCGGCGAAUUUGUCAUUCAUGCUCCUGGAGCUGCUAAUUUCCAUAAGGAUGUUUACAAAGCUGCUAAGGCACACCUGGCCGACCGAGUUAUGGCAGUGCGAGCAGCUGCAUUGCAGUGUGUAACAGCGCUCGUUCCGGUCUAUCCUCCACUUUAUUCGACAGAACUUGAAGCAGUGAUCACUUUGUGCACAAAAGCGCUAGACGGGUCCAACUACGAAACACGACUUGCCGUAGCGCGCCUGCUGGCUGUUCUGCUUAGCCACGGCUCUUCAGCCUCCACCGCCAA